AUGAAUGUAGAGUGCGACGUUCUUGCGGGUGAGCAAGGUCCAUCUUGUACAAGUCUUGACCAAAUUCCAAAUCUGAAAUUGAUCCAUAUUCGAUUUGUUGGCACUGCAAAGCGAGAUUCGUCUGCCUUUUCUUCCGAAUUCCCUGCCGAUUCUGAAUUCAGUCGACCAAAAAGUAAGAGAACACGUGGACAGCCAGAACUUGCAAGUUGUUCCUAUCAAUCGCCUCGAGCUAGGUCCUUAGAAGUGAGACCACAAGUUAAAAAGAAUUUGAAUGCUGGUUGUCCAAAGAGUCUGUCUGUCACACAGAUGAUAAAUCUGGGCAAAGUCGUGCGACAAGAGACGACCAUUGCAGACGUUUACAAGUGUAAUUUAGAAAAUAUGGCAUGGUCUUCAGUCGCAGAAAGAGUGGAGCUGGUUAUUGAAAAGAAGCCCUUUGCAGAGGGAGGGUUCCGUGAAGUGUAUAAAGCAAAAAGUCCAACAGCAUGUUACAGCGAACGUCUCUGGGUGGUUAAGAAGUACUUACCAAAAACACUGGAGUCAAUCAAUCAACUGGGGCAAACGAUUGAAGAUCACACCAAAAAGGCAGUCCAAAUGCAGUCUUUGGCAAAGAACAUAGCUCACUCCAUGUAUGCAAAGGUAUGGAGUAGAGGAUUGUGGGGUGUUAUUUCUGCUGUUAUUUCUGUGGGUGUUAUUUCAUUUUUACAGUACCUCAGCUUUUUAUGUCCAUUUGUUUGUUUGUAAGCACAAUAUCUCUAGAAAUAAACAGUUUUUACCAACUGUUUGUGCAAAGAAUACUGUAUUCUCUCUACUAACCCCCCGGGGGCUUUCUCUUAGACCCUUUUAAGGAGGGGCUUAUUUGAGAGGGGGAGGCUUAUUUAUUUUUUGGUAAAAUUAUGAUAAUUUUCUUCCAGCACAAAGCAAUGUUCAACUAUAUAUUUUCAACUUUUCAACCAUAUAUACAUUUUAGGAUGUUUGUGACAUGUAUUACCGGUACCAUAUUCUCUCUACUUAGCCCCCCUCUCAAAUAAGCCCCCCUCUCCAAUAAGCCCCCCUUUUGAGUGGAAAAAUGAAAUAAGCCCCCCCCCCACUCUAAUAAGCACCCCCUAUAUACUGAUCUGUACCCCGAUAUAUACUGAUCUGUACCCCGAUAUAUACUGAUCUGUGUAAUGAUUUUGAGUUUAUUACAGUUCAAAGAGAUAAUAUCCAUUGCUGAUUUUAUGGAAAAUUAAAUAAGCCCCCACUCUCAAUUAAGCCCCCCUCUCCAAAAAGCCCCCCUCUAAAGGCCCUGAAUUGAAUAAGCCCCCCCGUGGGGUUAAAUAGAGAGAAUACGGUAAGCAUCAUCUUAUUCUUCCAAAAAUGAAAGCAAGUUUGUAGAAAUCUGUUUCAUGAGAAAGUACAUGUUUUUUCUAUUAAAGGGGUGGGCUUAAUAGAGAGGGGGGGCUUAAUAAAUAUCUUUGCCUAAAAAUGGGGUAUAUUAAAGGGGAGAUUAUAUAAUGGGGGGGGGGGGGUUAUAUACUGGGUGGCAGGGCUAUACAGGGCGAAUAUGGUACUGGUGCCAUGGUCAAUCAAUUAAAGACCAUUAUUUUUCUAUUCUAAUAUGAAUUGGAUAAAAUCCUGGGUUGAAUAAAGGCUAAGUUCUGUCUUUGCAAGGCCUUUUUGGGACUGGACAAGGUUAUAAUUAUUAUUAUUAAGGUGAAGGAAUUAUGUCAACAUCAGUUUGGGAAAUGCUUUGUAUAUACAGAUAGCUACAUGGCCAAGCUAGAAGGUGGUGAGUAUGUCACCAUCGAAGAAUUUAUUGACGGUGACUUCACAAAGUAUCUCAACAAUACUGGGUUAGUCUGUGGAAACCGAUCAACUGAUGAAUGCAAGAAAGCUGAAUGUUUGGCCCACUAUUCAUAUGAAAAAUCUUCAGGGAAAUUAAUGCUUCUGGACAUCCAAGGUAGUAUGUACACUUUGUUUGAUCCAGAGAUUGCAUCUGCCACCUUACUGAUAGACGCAGAAUACUUGUUUGGUGUUGGAAAUCUAACAUCUGAAGCCAUUACUGCAUUCAUUGAAAACCAUGAAUGCAAUAGAUUCUGUGGUCUUCUUCAGUUGAAACCUUUUGCAGAGCUUUCUUCAAGGGAUGAUGAAAACUAA